GUUUAGUCUUGUACUUAGAGGACGUCAACACAAAUGUAUCUGACUACUUUUCCAUUACUAUUAGCAGACAGUACAUUGCAGCACUCCCAGGGUUUGUUAUGGUUGUCCCGCUGCUUGCUGUCCUGCUAACUCCGCCUCUACUUCUGCACCCAACCAAUAGGAAACCGAGCUGAUUCUUCCACCCAGCAUGUGAGAAGCCAUUCACAAGAUGGCUGGUGUACAUCCUGGCCAAACGUGAGAGAUAAUGGGACUCACAGGAUUGAGGCAGCAAUGAAUCAGCCUGAAAGCAGGUAUCGGAAAACAUGUUCUGUAAUGCUUGGAAGAAGGAGGGAAGCUCAUUCUAACCAGGCAUGCAACUUCUGUGCUGCUCUAUAACUACAGUGCCGGUGCAGCCGCAGAGCAUCACGGGGACUGUAGUUUCUGCGGCGGUUGGUCUUCAGGAGGUAAGCAGUUUUGCAGUGACUGAACGGCAUGGGUGGGGGGGCUUCAUGGGGACUUUAUUUUCUGUGGCGCAUACUUGAUAAAGACCUUGACAGGUCGAAACGUUGCAUAUAAACCUGCCUUGAUACAAUCACAGUGAGUGCCUGAGAUUUAUACUUUUUAUUUAUUUUCUGUAGUGGCUGAGCAUUAUGGGGGAUCAUGUUUCUGUAGUGGCUGAGGAUCUUGGGAUAUGCAGUUUCUCCAGUGGUUAAGAAACUUGGGGUGUGUAGUUUCUUCAGUGGCUGAGCAUCUUGGGAUAUGUAGUCUUUUCCCCCCUGUGGCUAAGCAUCUAGGGAUAUGUAGUGUCUUCAAUGGCUGAGCAUCUUGUGCUAUGUAGUUUUUUUCCCCAGUGGCUGAGCAUCUUGGGAUAUGUAGUCUUUUCCCCUUGUGGCUGAGCAUCUUGGGAUAUGUAGUCUUUUCCCCCUGUGGCUGAGCAUCUUGAGAUAUGUAGUCUUCCCCCCCGUGGCUGAGCAUCUUGGCAUAUGUAGUCCCCCCCCCACCCUCCCCCUGUGGCUGAGCAUCUUGGGAUAUGUAGUUUCUCCAAUGGCUAAGCAUCUUGGGAUAUAUACUUUUUUCCAGUGGCUGAGCAUCUUGUGAUAUGUAGUUUUUCCCCCUAUGGCUGAGCAUCUUGGGAUUUGCUGUUUCUGCAGUUCUUGUGUCAGAGGUUGUUGACAGUAUAUUACAUUAAAAUAAUUAAACUGCUGCGGGUAGGUUGCCUAAAAUUUUAAUUUUGUGACCUAGUCUGAUGCUUUCUGCUGUGGGUAUGUGCAUGAAAAGCACUCCCUGCUUUUUGAAGAAUUCAUAGUGGCAGUAGUGUAAACAGUUCAUGCAUUGCUCCACACACACACAAAAAACCCUUUGGGGUUAAUAUUCAAAACCAGUGAAAUUUGACAUUUUGUAUCCAAAUUUUAGAUAGCAAUAGCUGAAUUGGAAAAAUUAUUUUAAUUUAAAUAUUUUUCCAGCAUUAAUUUAAUGGAAUAGCCUUUCCCAUUCAAAGGCAAUGCUUCCCAAAUCUCUGUUUAGUUAAUAAACCCUUUUAGUUUUAAAAAGGGAACCAACUAUGAGUUAAAAGGUUCUCCAUGCACCAUGACCACUUAAGUGAUUUGAAGUGGUCAUGGUGCUCGGAGUCUGUCUGUGCUCUAUCUCCAGCAGUGUCAUUAGCCAGCCCAGAACAAAGUUACAGCCUGAUUAAUGUCAAUUAUGUGCAAAAAUGCCUUUUCUCAAAUUUAGAUUUUCAGCUGUUUAGUAGAUAACACCUUACAAUGGUACCCUUAUGUAUAAUUGCAAUGUUUAAAUGUUCAGCAGAUAACUCCCUUAUUUGGAAAUCUUAAAUAUGGUAAUCCCACAUAAACAUUGCAAAUUAGGCGGCCAUCUACAAUUAUGUAAUUCUGUUUUAGUUAUUUGGAUGAUGACAACCUUCUAUCCACUUACUAGCAAAAUCUUCAUGUGGAAGUAAGUUGCCAAUCUAUAUAGCUAUACGGUCAUAUUACAGCCAUGCGCUAAUUUUGACAUGCCCCAUUGCUUACUUCACAGAAACCCUACUUAAUGAAUUGACACUAUCUGUGUCACCAUAGUAAACCGUGUUAAACAAUGAUGCCAUUUGUAACUCUAACCUCCGCUAUUCCUUAAUAAUGCACAGAUUACCGUAGCUUUGGAAAUUAGGUGCAUAUUUUUUUAAACUUUUCAUUACACAAUCAGUUAUUGCUAGUGUAGGUAUGCAUGGAUUUGCCCCAAAUUUACAAGGAUGGCUCGUUACUAGGAAUUUUACAAACUUAUUCACUAAAUUCUGAUCUGUAGAGAAUAUGAAAUCCAAGAGGCACAAUUUAACAAAACAAUAUUAGGAAUACAAAGUUUCAUUCCUAACACGGUAGUGUCUCCCCCCCCUCCCUUCCCAAUGACAGUUAAAAGGUAAAAAAAAAACACCUGUUGUCAGUUACCUUUUUCCAACUCUGAGGCCCAUUAGAAAAUAGAGGCAGCCACUAGAGGCAGUCUUAGGUUUCCAAUGAGUUACAUUGCAGGGCUAAUGAGGACAGGGACACUGCACCCAGACAACUUCAAUGAGAUGAUGUGGUUUGUGUCCCUAUAUUGUCCCUUUGAGGCUAAGAUAGCCAAGUUGUGCCUAUAACUGAGCUGACAUUUUUUUUUUUUUUUAAUCUUCUGAAUUGUAGUAAAAAAAUUGAAUGGCAAAACAGAAGCAACAAUUGUUUAUUUGGAAGAAUUUUGCAACCUGAUGAUAGUCACAACUUUUUUUUUUUUUUUUUGUUAGCCUCAGUUUUGCCAAUUGGUUUCCAGUUCUCUACAAUUUGACAUUUUAUUACAAAAACACGCUAAGCACCAUAGUCAGUACAGCACACUUUAGGGGUUAAUAUAUCAUUGCUCUGAUUACCUCCCCGAUGGGAAGUGGUCAGACCAUUUUAGAACAGUAUAACGUCUUACCUGGAGUCCACCAGGCACUGCUUUCUGUCUCCAAUACAUCUGAUAGGGAACUUGAAAGUGGUCAUUGUGUUUGGCGUAAUCACCCUUUUGCUUGUUACUAGUUAAUCGGCUGAUUUUGUUUUUGACUUAGAUAAAACACCGCAAUGAUUCUAAUUAGUCUGCUGGAGGGCAAAGCCUUAGUGUGGAAUGCAGAGGAUGUAAAAGAAAUCCGGGAGAAGCAUGGGCUGGUAGGAAACCUAGUCGGGGCUCUGGUGAGAAAGCCUCGACAGAAUUUGCGACUUGGCCUCCCACUGGAACUUUUGCCCGAGGAAACACGUCUUCUGGUAGAGAUUGGCGCAGCGACUCUUGUGCGCAACUGCUCGAGUCAAAAGGCCAAUUCAAAAGAGGAUGACCUGUCUGUGGUAGGUACCUUUUAACAGUAAUUAUAUUUUUUCCAUAUUAUAUAGAAAGAAGAUUACAUGUAGAAGGGGUGUUUUAAAGUAAAAGAAAAACUCAAUUUAAUGCUAUCCCUUAAUAAUGAAAAACAAAAUAAUUAGUGCUUAGUUUAAUGUCUAAAUACUCAUAAAAUUAAACCAUAGUCAUUAAAGUCACUUCCAGAGAAAUAACCGUUCCUUGUUAUUUCAUUAUAGUAAACACUAUAAAAAAAAAUAAAAAAAAAAAUCUUGCCUCUGCUGCACUCCUGCAUAACAGCAACAUCAUCAGUGCUGCUCAGUGAUAACUAAUAGAUGGAUUACAAUAUGGUUUUGUUGUAUGGUUUCUUAAUAAAAGUUAUUGUCUUAUGAUUGAAAUGAAAAUCAGGUUUGUAUAAUGUAACAUUCUAAACACCUGUACAGUUUAAAGCAUAUUAUAUCUUAAGGUAAGCAAACCUACUUUGUUUAUAAGCAUAGUGAAUACUGUCAUGGCUUUGUAUAAAUUGCCCUGGGUAAAACAUGGACUAUCUUUUUCCACUUAGAAAUAGAUUUCAGAAAACAGGAGAAAUACUGCCGUUUUUCUAUGCAUAGUGCUGCUGCAAGCUUGAUUUGGGGUUUUGGGAAGCAUUAUAACUGAAUGUACAUAACCUCAAUCUUGUCAUAACCAUAAAAUAUAUUUUUCAUGUCUGGCCACAUGGGGGAACACUGGCUGACUUAUUAAGCCAUUUCUCCAUUGCCAGUCAUAGUUAACUGAACAUCACUUAAACAAGUUUCCAUUAAGUCCAUCCUUUACUAUUAACCCUAAGGAUGACUUUUUUCCCUACAAUCCCGCAAACAGGGAGAUUGAAGAGUUCCGGCAGCACAGUUUGCUUUUUCAGCAGCAUUGACAGGAUUGUGCUAAUGCCAGGGAUAUUUAUAAGUGUACUUUUUUUUGACAAUUAGUGCUCACAAUGCCGCUGACCAAUCCCUGAACAGUAGGGAUCAACUGAUAUUGAUUUUGUUUUUAGGGCCAAUACCUGUCCUUUUUUAGGCUGAUAAUAAAUAACUGGUACCGAUAUUCCUCCCCCUCCCUGUUAAUAUCCUGUCUGUCCUGUGGCUUUGUGCAGGCUGACCUGCAGGUUCUGGCAGGUUCUCUCUCCAACUCUCGAGAGCACUUUCUCGCUCCAACUCUAGUGAACACUAGACAGUCGGGAACUCGCGAGAGUUGGAGAGAGGAGCUGUAGAUCACGUUUGCUGUGCCUCUGCCUCCACGCCUUUACCCGCAAUAUCGGUAUCAUUAUAUGUCAAUACCCGUAUUGCCCAUAAUAUUAGCCAGACCAAUAAUCAGUCGAUCCUUACUGAAUAGUCCCCAGUCCCCACCAACAGGCUGGUCACUGAAAUCUGCCCAGAGACUAGCCAGCCUAACUAUAAACUAAAACGUUCAACCUACCCUGCAACUAUUCCUGACUCUGUAUAGUGUUAAAAAUACACUAUCUAGCCCACCUGACCCACCCUUACUCUCCUAAAUAUAGUAAAACCUUACUUUUAUUCUUACUUGUAGUCUGCAGCUGCUUCGAAGUGAUUCUCUGAGCCAAACACAAUGCUUCCCCAAACACAGCCCUGGCCAAUCAGCAUCUCCUCAUAGAGAUGCAUUGAAUCAAUGCAUCUCUAUGAGGAAAGUUCAUUGUCUCCAUGCAGAGGGUGGAGACACUGAAUGGCAGUGCUGCACCGUGUGCAGCACUACCCCAGGAAGUACCUCUAGUAGCCAUCUGAGGAGUGUUAGUGGAAGUAUCACUAGGCUGUAAUUUUCUCUGAAAAGACAGUGUUUACUGCAAAAAACCUGCAGGUAAUGAUUAUACUCACCAGAACAAAUAUACUAAGCUGUAGUUGUCUUGGUGACUAUAGUGUCCCUUUAAGCAAAGUUAAAGGGACACUCCAGUGCCAGGAAAACAAUCCCACCCCCCAUCCUAAGUUGCUGAAGGGAUUAAAGCUUUCAAUGCUUUCCUAUGGGGAUUUCAGCAAUGCUGGAGGUCCUCACAUAGCGUGAGGACGUCUAGCGACGCUAUAGCACAGAAAAUCUGUGCUAUAAACCCGGAAGUGCCCUCUAGUGGCUGUCUAGUAGACAGCCACUAGAGGAGGAGUUAACCCUGCAAUGUAAAUAUUGCAGUUUAUGAAAACUGCAAUAUUUACAGUUGCAGGGUUAAGGGUAGUGUGAGUUGGCACCCAGACCACUCCAAUGGGCAGAAGUGGUCUGGGUGCCUGGAGUGUCCCUUUAAAGGACCACUCUAGGCACCCACACCACUUCAGCUUAAUGAAGUGGUCUGGGUGCCAGGUCCAGCUAGGGUUAACCCAUUUUUUUUAUAAACAUAGCAGUUUCAGAGAAACUGCUAGGUUUAUAUUCAGGUUAAUCCAGCCCUCAAAUCCUCUAGUGGCUGUCUCGUUGACAGCCGCUAGAGGCGCUUGCGUGAGUCUCACUGUGAAAAUCACAGUGAGAACACGCAAGCGUCCUUAGGAAAGCAUUGUAAUGUAUGAGACCAGCUGAAUGCGCGCGCAGCUUUUGCUGUGCAUGAGCAUUCAGCCAAAAGGGAGGAGAGGAGGAGGAUCGGAGGAGGAGAGCUCCCUGUCCAGCGCUGGAGAAAGGUAAGUUUUAACCCCUUUCCUCUCCCCAGAGCCCGGCGGGAGGGGGACCCUGAGGGUGGGGGCUCUGGGGCACUAUAGUGCCAGGAAAACGAGUAUGUUUUCCUGGCACUAUAGUGGUCCUUUAAGCUAGAGAUAACCUAAACCCCAAAUUUAGUGAUGUCCCGAACGGUUCGCCGCGGACUCAUCAUUGAGUAAACUUUGACCCUGUACCUCACAGUCAGCAGACACAUUCCAGCCAAUCAGCAGCAGACCCUCCCUCCCAGACCCUCCCAUCUCCUGGACAGCAUCCAUUGUGAAGCUGCAUUCUUAGUGAGCUGUCUGGGAGGGAGGGUCUGCUGCUGAUUGGCUGGAAUGUGUCUGCUGACUGUGAGGUACAGGGUCAAGGUUUACUCAAUGAUGACUCCGCGGCGAACCAUUCGGGACAUCACUACCCAAAUUAACUCUUCCGUGCCAUCAUACAUAUUUUUACCAGAGAGCGUGUAUGUGUGUGUAUAUGUGUGUGUGUGUGUAUAUGUGUAUAUGUAUAUGUGUAUAUAUGUAUAUGUGUAUAUAUAUAUAUAUAUAUAUAUAUAUAUAUACACACACACACACACACACACACACACACACACACACACACACACACACAUGGAACAAAUUGAGAGCACUCAUUGGAUUUAGUAAACAAAAAAAAUAUAUUAAAUCAACGUUUCGACCGUCUAGCGGUCUUUAUCAAUGAUCUUGAUAAAGACCGCUAGACGGUCGAAACGUUGAUUUAUAUGCGUUUGAUUUAAUAUUUUUUUUUUGUUUACUAAAUCCAAUGAGUGCUCUCAAUUUGUUCCAUUUGUAUAUUUUGCACGGAGAGGCACCUGGUCAUUGCUGAAUUAAUGCUUUUGCUAUGGGAUGAGUGCCAGAAACUAUUGUGAUUAUAUAUAUAUAUAUAUAUAUACACACACACACACACUAAUUCUAGUAAAAUCAAGUGCCAUACUACAGAGGAAAAAGGCAGAACCAAUAUCUAGUUCUAUGAAAUAUACAGUGAUUCAGAAAAGGAAAAGUCUAAUUAAUUUGAAAAUCAGAAUAUAAAAAUACCAUAGUUUCUAUGGAUUUAAUAAAGAUUAUACUCUCUAAAGCAGGCUUCCCCAAACUCUGGCCCUCCAGAUGUUGCUGAACCACAACUCCCAUGAUUCUCAGCCUAUCUAUUCCAUUCAUAGAAUCAUGGGGGUUGUAGUUCAGCAACAUCUGGAGGGCCGGCGUUUGGGAAAGCAUAACCUUUAAAUAAUAGAUUUGCUAGCAAAUGUAUAGAUUAAGACAAAAUCUUGCUUAGAAAUAGGUCUUUCUCUUACCUCUAAGUCAAAUCUUCAACAUAGAGCCUAUGCUGACAAUCUGACUGAUAAAGGAGAGCAGAAGUGAUCCUUUUGCUCUCCCCAGAAAGGCAACCAGAGCACAUGGGCUGUGGUUUCUAUGGAAACUCUGUAGCCCAUACUGCUAGCGCUGGCCAGGAAGUAAGGGAACGGAGUAACUGAUAUUACUCAGUUCAGAUGCUGGCAACAAAGCCAGUGUGUUGGCAUCACAAAGGAAGAUUGCCCUGCUUGUCGAAGUGUUCCAAAGCAGGGCAAAACACAGAAGACUAGAGGUGAGUGUUACACAAAGCGUAAGCUCGGAAGAUGGCGGAAUGGAGCUGAGUAUAUUUCAAUAUGUUACAUUGAAUACAUCAUGUAUUUCUGUGAAACAUGGUGUAAUAAUUGUAUUUGGAGCUGUUUUUAAGGAAAGUACUUUUUAAAAAUGUAUAUAUUUUUAUUACAGGUUCACUUUAAAUUAGUAUGUUAUUGAACACUGCAAGACAUUAUUAUAAAAAUUAUGAUUGUACACAAAUGGUGAUGGCAUCAUUUGUUAUGACCAGAUAAUUGCAUAGUGACACUGCAUUUAUAAUUGUUUAAUCUAAUUGCAGGACAAGAUAAGUUCUCUUUCUUCCGUAGAAGAUGAGGACAAUGUGCAGUCAGAGGUGGAUGCUUAUAAACAAUAUUUACAGGACAGUUACACGGAACAAAGGAGUUUGGCUCUGCAAGAGAAACGACGUAUAUUGGAAAGCUUGUCCGAUCGUAUUGUGGAAGGGAGAACCAAGAGAAAGCGAAAGAAUGAUAAUGAAGAAGGUGGGCAAUAAGGGACAUAUAGAAUUCACUAUGUGUAUUCUAGAAAGAUUUUGUAGAGGUUUAGUUCCAACAGACCAUCAAAGGCAAAGAUCCCAAUUAAUAUGCUGCUCCAACAUUAUGCAAAAUCCAGUAAUUUUGUUUAAAGGAAUACUCCUAGAACCAGAACCACUAAAGCCCACUUUAAGUAGUCAAAUUAUUUACUAACUGUUUGACAACCUACUUAGGGUACAAUAGUCACCGUCUUCUCUCGAGCCAGAAGCUCCAAGGCUGUAGGGGUUAUGGUGCUUUGAGUGUUCCUUUAAGAUCACAGAUCUUAUAUUUGUGCAUAAUAGGAUGAAUGAUUUUCAUGAUGUACCUAAUUUUUCCCUUCAGAUUAGAGGCAGUGCUUUACAACUAGGGAUUUCAUCACCUGGAGGGAAAAAACAGGCAGGCAAUCUCCUAAACUUUUCAAGAACCUCCCCCAAUUAACCUUUGGCCUUCUAAAUUGCUUCCUACCCAAGACAUCCCCGUUCUUUGCCUGCCUCUGGCAGAGGAGGGUGUCAGGUCAGGUUUUCUCCCUAGAAGUAUGGUGAGAGGGCUGAGGCUCUGGAGGCUUUACUUCUUCUUUUAAAUACAUUUUUCAGAGAUCGGCCAGGGAUAACACACCAGACGGCUGUAUCUCCCCGGGUUGUAUUUCUUCCGUCUAUAUCGAGCCAGGUGCCGGGCAGACGAUGGUUUGCAUUUGGGCACUAGCUGGGAAGUCCUAGCGGUAAUGCAGGACAUGCGUAAUGCGAUUUUAAAAUUCAGGCGCCAAUAUCUUUAUUUUUUUCUCUCCGGGGUCAAGAUGUUGGUUUCCAGGACUUAGAGAGGCUGUUUACCCAGCAGCAACAAACUGUUGCCAGGUGCCCUCAGAAUCUGUUGCAAGUGUGUUCUCACCAACCUCCAACACACUGAGGACAUUUAAGCAUUUUUGCUUUAUCUUAAAUGACUCUAGCCUGAAUAAGUUAAUUAUCUGUGCUGCAAGAUGGAUAAGCUAAAAAAGCGCAAAGGUUUCUAAAUUGGAGAGUUUUUAGCUUCUCAUCACUUAAAGAUUAUUACUAAAAUCUUAAAACAAAUAGUGCUUUGAAAGGGUAAGCACUUAGUAGAUCGGGCCCAAAAUAGAUUAUUCUUUAAGUAAGCCUAUAAAAGGUAUUAGAUAGCAUAUACUUUUAUAAAUUUAAGUUUCCUUUCUGGCUCAAAUUAGCUGUUACACAGUGAUUAGUUAAUAUGGGUUUCAAUAAUCCCUAAUUUCUGCAACAUGGUCAGCAAUUAAAGUGAAGUGUUUGGUGGAAUAUAUUCACAAGAGCAAGACCUGUAUGACUAUUGGAGGAUUAUCCUUUGUAUGUUAUCCUUAGGAGGCUGAUAUUUAAAAUCUGGUUUUGGUUAAGUUAAUAUACUGUUGUAGUAGAUGGAUUCUUUAAAUGCCAGGAUCCUAGCUGCAGUGUUUUUCUUAAACAUGCAGUAGGCUUUUAGCAAUUGCUGUAGACAAAGCUCUGUUGCAAUUGGCAUUCUCACCACCUCAACUAGUUUCACCUGAUAUCAGUUUCUAAAAAGGCAGUCUAUUUUUCAGCUGGGGCAGAACUUUUCCUGUGCUUCACUCCAUGGUUGCACAUUUUAUGGUUUAUCUUAAAUUCCAAGUCCUAUGUUGUCAGAUAGGUUUGAGCUAACUGAUUGUUGGAAUGGUAAUUUUAUAGAAAAUGCUUCCUAAUAUUGGUUCUUGCAGAGUCUGCAUCAAACAGGUUUUAAAUGCAGUUGGAUCAUGGGUAUUGUCUUAUGCAGACUGUAUAUCUAUGUAAUCAGUCUCGCUUCCGCCAAUAAAGAUGGUAACCUGUAUGAACUAGUCUCCAUGGAAAAUUAUUUCUUCCUCAUGUUACUGUGCUUGAAGCAAGUUCUAGUACAGCUGCAAGCCUAUUGAUCAUGGUGUAGUUCCACCAGGUUCAGUUUGUUCUCUGCACUGCAAUAGAUACGAUUUGACUGGGAUAGUUUACUGCCUAGGCUUGUCUGCAGUUUUCUUUUAAGAAAAAGCUUAUGGCAAUUGCCACUUGAGAUUCUUUCACUAUCAAAAUGUUUCCAUCCAAAAAUUUGUUGAAUCUCUACAAUACUACUUCCUCAGGGACACCUAACUAAUUUUUAUACACCAGCCCCUAAAGGUUAGGGUGUUUCUACAGCAUACAGGUGGAUGCUAAUCAAUCUUCGAAGUGUGCAGUUCUGGUGUUUUGUCAAGGAACAGUUCAGGUGUAAAUAUUUUGACAAGGUUUUUUGACUCUCAGAGAAUGGUAAUUCCCUGAAGAAAAAAAAUGUGUGGUUCUCUCUGUCUUUAUCACCUGAAAUCUCUUUUCUAAUUCAGUAGACAAUAUACUAGGGAAAUAAUAUUGGUUCCCGUCUUGUAAGAACCUGCUUGGUCUCUUCAGUUUCUUUAGGCAUUGACGUGGAAUCAAUCAAUCGAUUAUCUUGCGUAUCUGCCCCAGGCCAAAUUUAAAAAGAUGCGUGCACGUUCCUGAAGUAAUUCACACCAGACACAGGUUUCGGGUUAAUGAAAAACUUGAGGAAAGUUUAUUCUGUUGGGACGGCAUGCCCCUUAUAAAGCAAAAUUACAUCAUAUGCAUUGUCAGAGAUAACAUGGAAUAAUACAUCAAUAAUUGGUUAGGUGUUAGGUGGUUCAUUUAGUGCCCUUCCUACCGGGUGUGAUGUCACUGGUAUCUUGUAGGUCUCCCCCAGAUUCCAGCGCCAUCUUGUUAAUGAGGGUGUUAGUCGAUGUCAAAGGGAAACUCCCUAGCGGCCAUUUUAAGUAAAUCACGCAUAAGUUUGAAUAAUGCUGAUUGUGGUUAUGCUGAGUAAAUAGGCAUUUUAUUAAUAUGAAUUGGGUUAAUAUUUUUGUCCACAACAGGCAUAGCACUGUUUACAGGUCCUUCAGUGGCCAGAUACAGUUGCUAAUAAGAUUUUACAGUAAAAUUCUAUACUUCGGUCAUUCCUUUCUGAACCAGGCAGAAAUGAAGGAUGCCAGACGGUUCUUACUUUUUGUUCUAGUUCUCAAAUCAAACGUUCAGAAUUUUACGACUGAUGCUUCAGGUCUCAGCUAGGUUCUCAUAGGGUUGAAGGGAAAUUAGCUGAGAUAAUUUGUAAAAACUUAUCCAUCUACAUAGGACCGAAGGCUAUCUGGCUAGCUCUCUUUGCCUUUCAGUUAAAGACCAGGUAUUAUCUUGUCCAAAUCUGGUCGAAUAGUUCUACAUCGGUAGCAAUUAUGUACAAACAAGGUCAUCUUGUUUGAAAAAUCUUGUUCCAGGAUAUGCUUCGGUUAGUUAUUCUUAGGUUUAUUCACUUAUGCAUAGAACUUAAUAUUCAUCUGUUUAGCUGUAGCAUUGAGUAGUCAACAUUUAAUACAAAGCAGAUUGGUUUGUACUUCCUGAUCUUCACCCAAUUGAUAGGAAGAAUUUGAUUAUCCAGUUAUGGAACUGGGACUUCUAGAUCAAACAGAUAGCAUGAAGUGUUUCAUUAGACAAGCUUGGACAGACCAGUAAGCUUUGGUUUCCAUUUCUUUCUUGGGAAUUCCAGUCUAACCUACAGUUUCCUCCUGGUUCCCUAUUCCCCAAGAUCCUAUAGGAUGGAAAAGGUGAGAAUGAUAGUCUUCCUCCCUUGGUGGCAAGUAGCUCACCGUUCAUCAAAAAUUAUCCGGAGGAAUCUUUGGGGACCUUACCUGUAAAUAGGCAUCAUGGAAUUCUCAAGGGUACCGCUUCUCAAAUUUGGUGUAAUUCAAGCUGACAACCUGGUUUAUGUAUACCAGAUACUGAAGGAUAAUGUUUUGUCUCAGGAAAUUAUUGACAAUUUCUUUUACUAUAAAUGGAUCUUGUUCCAAGAUUUAUUCUAAGUAUGGAAGGUGUUGUUUUUAAGAUAUUGGUUCAAAGAAAAGCAGGCAUCCGCUUCCAAGUUUUUAACCUUCUUUUUUUUUUUUUUCUUCUUCGGAUGGUUUAAAGCCAGAGAUCCUUAAGGUCAAAUUUCGGUUAUCAGUUUUCAGAGGUUUGUCUCCAAAUCACCAGUAUCUGCUAGGCUCUUUCGUGGUUAGUUCCUAUCUUCAGGGAAUCUUUUCCACAGGGGAUCUUCUUUUGGGGUUUUUAACUCUGCUGAUUUGAGUCUUCACUCUAGGUCUUUGGUGUUAGUCGCCCAAAAUAUUUUUGAGAAGAACUUAAAGUUCUUCAAGUUUCUAUUUUCAGCAGGAGAAAGCAGAGUUAAGUUGGAUUUUUUUAAUUCUUCCCAAUCUUCCAUCUAUCUUUAUUUUUUCUAACUUUUCCCAACAGUGUUCUAGGGUCUUGGAAUUCUAAUUCCACUGCCUGGGCAUUUUAGUUCUCGUCUAUGGUACCUUAAAGGUCUGCAUUCCUUUGGUUUUUUUUCUUAUCUAACACCUAUCUCCAUUGAAGCUCCUUCGAUCACAGUUAUGUUCAGAUCGGGUGCCUGAGGGCUUCUGCUAUACAUUCUCUCGAAUUCCUAACAGCCACGGGGUGAUCUAUUCACUCAUUUCUGUUGACCUUGGAAGAUACAACUUUGGUCGCAGGUUUUUUGCAGUGAGAAUUGAGUCUUUUGAGUAUUUCUUUUUCCAGAAGAUUAGAGGCAGGGUUUCCCCUCCCCCAAAUUUUUUCAUAGUCUGAGUGGUACGGUUAUUCGGCUUUUGUAAUUUCUGGGGAUGUCUUGGGUAGGAAGCAAUUUAUAAGGCCAAAGGUUAAUUGGGAGGUUCUUGAAAAGUUUAGGAGAUUGCCUGCCUAUUUUUCCCUCCAGAUGAUGAAAUCCCAGUUGUAAAGCACUGCCUCUAAUCUUCUGGAAAAAAAAAUUUACGGUAAGUAAAAAAAUUUUUUUUCUUUUUUUUAAUCAUACCAUCAUACACAAUUAAGCUGUUUAAAAAAAAUAAUAAUAAUUAUAAUAUAUAUCUAUAUAUCCAUAGAGAAGAAUCUUCUAUAGUGUGGGGGAUUUCCACACAACAAGCAUGGUUUUAAACAAUUUAAUGUGUCAUAACAUUAAAGUAGGAUUGCCACUAAAAUUUAUAUUUUAUUUUCCCCCAAGCAAGCUAUAAUUUAUCAGCAGUUGCCAUUUACCAUUGUAUGUGAUGGUAAUCACCAAGGAAUUGGAUGCCAAUUUUACUUGAUAUGUGAUGGCACCAUGUGGAAAGAGAACAUAGAAUAUCAGAAUCUGUGGAUUGCUGAGUAGAUUCCAGCUUUCCACUGUGCAGGAAUGAUGAAAUGGCUCUUUUGAACUCCGAAAUGAUGCUAUGUACCCAAUGAAAGAAAGUCAUUAAAAAUGUUUUUUUUUUUUUUUUUUAAAGCACUAUUUGAACAGAUUUUUAAAAUGGAUAAUUCCAAUGAAAAGGAAAAAUAGAAAGGCCUCUAAGAUAAUUUAUGAUGAGAUGUCACUUGUCAUCUGUAGCAUGACUCUUGAAAAUACAGAAUGGUAUGAACCACACGUUACCAAAGUUUAUUUUAUAGUCUCACGACUGGUAGCAUUAUUUAGGAUCUUCUCACACAAACAUCUGUGGUUUUCUUGUACACCCUGUUCCAAAUUAUUAUGCAAAUUAUAUUUUUCUCAUUUACCUAAAUAAUUGAUGUAAAUAACAGUCAGCAUAAUUCUCAUGUUAUCAACUAUUAAGAGGACAAUUCAAAUUUUAUUGAACAAACCUCCUAACGAUAACAGUAUUUUUUUUAAACAUAAACUUACAAUGCACUGUUCCAAAUUAUUACACACAUUAAGUUUCAAAACACUUUAUAGGUUGUAAAGAACUGAAAAUUGUCAUUUGUUGUGUUUGCAGCAUAUUUACUGAAAUCAAAAGCUAUUUCAAUCAAACUUAUAACAACAGUUUAACAUUUUAAACAUUUUAACAGGUCACGUUCCAUUUUAACAUAGGACCCCUUAUUUGAUAGCAGCUUCACAAGUCUUGCAUCCAAUGAACUUGUGAGUUUUUGGACAGUUUCUGUAUGAAUUUGUUUGCAAGAUGUCCGAAUAGCCUCCCAGAGCUGCUGUUUGGAUGUAAACUGCCUCCCACCCUCAUAGAUCUUUUGCUUGAGGAUGCUCCAAAGGUUCUCAAUUGGAGUAAGGUCAGGGGAGGAUGGAGGCCACACCAUGACUUUCUCUCCUUUUAUCCCCAUAGCAGCCAUUGAUGCAGAGGUAUUCUUUGCAGCAUGAGAUGGUACAUUGUCAUGCAUGAAAAUGAUUUUAUUACGGAAAGCAUAGUUCUUCCCUCUGUACCAGGGAAGAAAGGGGUCAGUCAGAAACUCCACAUGCAUUUGCAGAGGUCAUCUUUACACCUUUGGGGACCCUAAAAAGGCCGACCAGCUCUCUUCCCAUGAUUCCGGCCCAAAUCAUGACUCCACCACCGCCUUUCUGACGUCGCAGCCUUUUUGGAACAGGGUGGCCGUCCACCAACCAUCCACUACUCCAUCUAUCUGGACCAUCCAGGGUUGCAUGGCACUCAUCAGUGAACAGGACUGUUUGAAAUUAGUCUUCAUGUAUUUUUCUGCCCAAUGCAGCCAUUUCUGCUUGUGAGUGGUGGCCUAAUAGAAGGUUUAUGCACAGUUGCAAGACUCUGGAGGACUCUACACCUUGAUGUCCGUGGGACUCCAGAGGCACCAGCAGCUUCAAAUAUCUGUUUGCUGCUAUGUAAUGGUAUUUUAGCAGCUGCUCUCUUGAUCCGAUGCAUGGAUCUGGCAGAAAUUUUCCUCAAUGUGCCUUUAUCUGCACGAACCCGUCUGUGCUCUGAAUCAGCCACAAAUCUCUUAAUAGUGCGAUGAUCACGCUUAAGUUUUCGUGGAAUAUCUAAUGUUUUCAUACCUCGUCCAAGGCAAUGAUUAUUUUACUCUUUUUGGCAGCAGAGAGAUCCUUUUUCUUCCCCAUAUUGCAUGAAAAUGGUGCUCUGCUAAAUAAUGUGGAACACCCUCCUUUAGUAGUUUUUCCUUAAAUUGGGCUCACUUGGCAAUCUAAUUAUCACAGGUGUCCAAGAUUUGUUUCAGUGAUCAAAAGAGCCCUGAGACACAAUGCCAUCCAUGAGUUAAACUGAAAAACAAAAUAUUUAAUCUUUGUGACACUUAAAUAGAAUUUGCAUAAUAAUUUGGAACAGGGUGUAGUAUGUGUUGCCUUUAGCACACUAAAUAAUGUAUAUUAACGGCUAUAUAUAGCUUAAUUGUAUUAUUUUGGUGGCACUAUUGUGCAAUGUCUUUAUGUAUUAUUAGGCUUUUUUUUUUUUUUUUUAUCUUUAUUAAUAAUGUGACAAUUAGAGUACAGAUAUAGGCUAAUUAACCUCCUGAAUGGGGGGUAACUCCUAGUGAAUAAAUUCACUAAUAAUGAAUAAACAAUAGACUGGAAUAUUAGGAGAAGUAGGAAAAUAUAUGUAGUAUCCUUGGGAGUGGGAGCCAUAAGUGGUCUUAAAAAGAGAAAGAAUAGAUAAUGGUUCCAUUAAAACUUAACUUUUAAUAAAUAUAAUACAAUACAGUAACUAAAACCGAACACCCAAACCAAUGUUCACUAUAUACAAUUAAAACAAAACAGCAUAGGACAUGGGAAGAUCUGAAGUGAGGGGAUUAUCUUCUAAACAGUGCCUUGUGGCAGUGGUUAGGCUCAAUCCAAAUCCAAGUAUAAUAACUGAUACCUCAUGUCUCACUAUAAAAUCCUCGUAUGAUACAAUAGCUUGGUUAGGAGGAGAGUGGUAUAGCAAACAUUGUGGUAAAAUAUUGAAACAUGUUAGCAAGCUGUACUAUAUUUAAUGUGAAAUUUCUACAGACUGCAAAAAAAAAAAGGGGGGGGGGAGGGGGAGGUGGGUUUAGGAGCUUAUGAUUCAGUGAUAGGGAAGAUGCCCUAUAGUAGAACUGUGUCUUCGAGGGCACCCCUUAAGCAAAAAAUCCAAACCUCACUGUAUGGAAAAAAUACCACCCACCUCGACUACCUAGUCGGUACAUAAAAGUAAGUAGGAUAUAAAGCCUAUCGAACUACAAUGGGUGAUCGGAGACGUUAAGGGGGACGCGCCAAAGCUCGGUUAAUAUAUGACCGCUUUUAUUCAAACAGUUGAAAUGUAGAUCAAGAACAUACUGCUGGUUCAGUGGCUGGGAAAAAGCGCCUGUCCGUAACCAUGAUGUGAGUUUCGCCACUCUGGCUCAUCAGAGGGGAACCUACAUAAAAGUAAGAUUGCUCUCUGUAGAACUUUUAUGUUAAAUAUAGUACAGCUUGCUAACAUGUUUGAAUAUUUUACCACAAUGUUCGCUACACCACUCUCCUCUUAACCAAGCUAUUGUAUCAUACGAGGAUUGUCUGUUGAGACAUCAGGUAUCAGUUAUUAUACUUGGAUUUGGAGUGAGCCUAACUGCUGCCACAAGGCACUGUUUAGAAGAUAAUCCCCUCACUCCAGAUCUUCCUGUGUCCUAUGCUGUUUUGUUUUAAUUGUUUAUAGUGUUCGGUUUUAGUUACUGUAUUGUAUUAUAUUUAUUAAAAGUUAAGUUUUACUGGACCAACCCUAGGGUGGAUUCUCACUUUCAAAGAACAAUUAUCUAUUCUUUCUCUUUUUAAGCCCACUUAGGGCUCUCACUCCCAAGGAUACUACAUAUUGAUUCCUACUCCUCCUGAUAUUCCUGUCUAUUGUUUGUUUAUUAUUAAUGAAGCAAUUAUAUUUCUUAGUAUUAAAUGUAGUAUGGCAUGAGGCUAAAUUUUACACUGAGAAUUUUUUUUAAAUUUAGCAUAUUUUAUUAAGCGCUCCUGUAUUUCUGAUCAGAGGCCAACUGUGUCUCAUUAUCUCUGUAUGUGCACUCUACAGUGAUAAUAAAGUUGACUCUGAGCAACAAAAGUUAUUAAUAUUUCGUCCAUGCAUUUAAAGGGACACGAUAGGCACCAAAACAUCUGCUUACUGUCCGUUUUAGUGUAUUGAUCAUGCCCCUAUAGUUUCACUGCUUAAUUAUCUGCCAUUUAGGACGUAAAUCACUUUUGUUUAUGUUUAUGCAGCCCUAACCACACCUCCUCUGGCAGUGACUCGCGCAGACUGUGUGAAAUAAAAUGGUUUCAGUUUCAAUCAGGUGUUAUUGUUUUAGAAAUGUUUCUCCUGCUUUGUAAAUUAAACUUUAAUUACAUACAGUUACUAACUUAGAUUAUAAGAAAUUCUAAAUUAAACCAAAUGUUCAAUAAAUAAAGUUCAAACAUUAGAUUUCACUUUACAGGAAGUGUUUAGGAAAGCUGUGCACGUUACAUGAAGGGAGGUGUGACUAGGGCUGUAUAAACAAAGUGAUUUAACUCCUACACGGCAGAUAAUUGAGCAGUCAGUCUUCCGGGGAAUGAUCUGUAAAACAAAACUGCUUCAUUAAGCUGAAGUUGUUUUAAUGCCUAUAGUCUAAGAAACUUACAAGGCAAAGUAAGCCACUUGGCAUUAUGACGCUUAAUAGGGAGAAUGCACGUAAGGCUAAAAACACAACUUUGUAGAUAGAAUUCUAAAAAAAAAAAAAAAUUCUUUGACUUGGUAAGGUAUUUAAAUAAUGUAUUUUCCUAUACGAGUAAUAAUGUGAAAAUGGAACUUGUAAAUUUCCUACAAGGUUCAUAUAAAGCAAGCUAGUGUAAAACACAGUAAUUGCAUCAUCCUCAUACAUUUGCUAUAAGUAUCCCUUCCCUCAAUGUGUAAGGUAACUGUUUUUUUUUUUUUUUUUUGUUUGUUUUUCGAUCUAUUGUCUUUUGUUCUAGAGACACCAAUGGAGUCAUCUCCCCAGGGUCCUAUUAAAGAGCUUCAGGACCUUGCAGAGACAUUCAACUUUCCUCAGGAAGCAAUGAUGGUGCACCUGCCAACUGCUCGUACGUCUGUUGGGAAAGUGCAAGAAGUGGAUUUGCACCAAGCCUCUGUAGACUGGCCGUAUGCUGGACAAGCAGAACAUGAACUGCGCUAUAAGGUUUUUAAGGAUCUUUGGGAGCGAGGCUAUUUUCUUACAAGUGGGAACAAGUUUGGUGGAGAUUUCCUUGUGUAUCCUGGUAAGAUCGUUGUGUGUGUGUGUGUGUAGUAAAUCUAUAUGUAUUUAAUAUUUCUUAUAUAGGAGAUAUAAUACCCAGUGAUAUGAAGGCAGGUAUCCCCCAACCCUAAUCCCACUAUUAAUUCUGUCAGCAUUGUCCUUUUACAGUACUAUCAUCAAGAGGUAUUUCACCAGUUUACCCCAGUAGUUAACUGUGAGUGCUUUGUACAGUGUGAUAACUGCAUGAGUGAUUAUAUUUACUUCUCUGCUGCUAAAUUCUACUGUCAUGCUUUCAUGAUAUGUUUUAGGGGUUUCCUCUGCCUGAUCAUACACCGCAAUAGGCUUUAAAUGAAGCACCGUGCCUAUCACCCAUCAUGCUUUGCAGUGAGUGAUCUGUUUGGAGCUUUUCACGACUCCCAGGUCUUACUGUCACUGGGGGGGGAAAACCUCUCCACAAUGAACUGUACCUGAAUGCAGAAGGUAUUUCACUAGUAGGUGACAUCAUGGAGAAUUUGGGCCAAGACACCAUUUGGUCAUUCUACUAGGAAGGAGUUAAGAGAGUACUGGUGUUAAUAUUCUAAAUACAUAUCAACUACAAUUAGAAUGUGUUCUUUCAACUGUAGAUUAAAGUAUAAUAUUUUUUUUUUUUUUUUAAUACCACUGAAUUCAACAUAGAGACCAUUUUUUGAUUGCAUAGUGGCACCUAUGGUGAGGUGGGAGACAAUGGAUAUAGCUACUCAAGCUCUCACUUGCCAGCACUUCCAUUUUCAGGUCCAUCUUUAGUUCCUGGCAGUUGGAAAUUCUCAGGAGCCACAUCAAUAGUGUAUAAAAAAGUGUCCAUAAAUCGGUCCCACAAGACCGUGGGAUCCUCAAUAGAUAAUCCCACACAUGCACAAUGAGAUGCCAGACACAAGUUUGCUUCAGCUGUUGCGAGUGGUGAAGCAAAAUUGCAAUAAUGCUGUAGAAAUCUCUUUAAAGGACCCCUUCAAGCACUAAAACAACUAUUGCCUGCUGUAGUGAUUAUGGUUCCAUCACACAGUAAGUACUAAGUAUAUAAGGAGAAGCCAGAUGCAUAGCCAAUGCAGUACUGUACUCCUUGGCUGACACUCAACCAGUGAGCAUGGUCCUGAACAGCCCUGCUUAGCUCUAUAGAGCAAACUGAGUUUUCCUGCAGGAUGAAGACCAGAAGCAUACACCGUGUGGAGCCCAGUUAUAUUGUCAAACAGUUUUAAUGCUGUUUGCUUACAGUGGGACAUCCUCAGGGCACUCCUGACACCAUAAGCAAUACAGCCAGCUGUUAUGGUGCUAACGUCUGAAAUGUUCCAUUUUAAAGUGCUACAUUUUUGCUUGUAUAAAUAUAUUUUGUUUAGUACACUAGAAAAUGUCCCUAUCUAGUGAUACCUUCAAUGAAAUUCCCACUGUACCCCCCCUUCCCCCCAAUUUCUAUUUUCAUGGCAAAACUGUACAACUUAAAAAAAAAAUAUACAAUAUGUUUAUAAUGUUAGAUGAUUUUUGGAUAAGGCAGCAGUAUGACAAACCUUCUCGAAAUAGUCUUUAUCUUUUUGUCAAGUGAAAAAUGAAUUUAGGUAUUUCUGGAGUGAAGCUCUUUCCCAGCGGUAGAGCGAAACUAAUAGAGGGCAGUUAUCUGACUUCUGGCAGCAAUAGUUUGUUCACAACACAGCAAAAAGGAGCCUUAGGGACUCCAUUGCAUCUUGAUAUGGUUUUAAAAGAAAAUAGUGUGAUGCUUGGUUUUUCUUUUUUCUUCUUCUUUUCUCCGUUGAAAAAUAGUUUUUUAUAUUUCUAACCUGAUCAUUUUAUUGUACAGUCUAGUCCCAAGUGCAUAGAAGUACAGAUUGCUCUAUUUAGAAUCCGCAAAUAGAUUGCUUCUUCUAUAUAACACACUGGUAUGAAUGCAGCUCAGACUGCAAGUUGCAGAGCUUUUCAGUACUUCUCACAAUACAGACAUCCAUGUUUAUGUCAAGCAGACCCAUCUGGCUUCUAGCAUGGGCUGCCUUAACAUCAACAGGGAGCAGACUCCUCUCCUGCAUCAUAUAUUUUAACCUGUAGAGAAGAGAGAGGAAAAAAAUAAAAUAAAAAUAUAUAUAUAUUUUUUUUUUUCAUUCCUCCACAUUGAGUUUCAAUCAGAGUGCACUGACAAGUUGGCGCUUUGACAGAGUAGUUGUGCUUAUCCAGUAAUGCAUUACUAGGCAAGCUUGCAAGAGGUAAAACUAUUCUAGCUAAAUUGGGAAUUGUGGAGAAAUUAUAAAGGGAUCAAAUGCUUUGAGUGUGUAUUUUAUUAUUUUUAACAAAUGGGCACCUUUUAUAAAUUAACCUUGUUGCCCCUCCCUGGCUGUCAGACAAUCAGUUCUGUUACUUCCUGAUUUGUUUAGCUCCAUAGAGCCACAUUGAGAACUGAGUGGACAGCCACAGAAAGUCUGGGCUGGUGGAGAAGGCUUGCAAAGGUUGCAUCAGAUAUACCCGCAAUGGAAAAUUAAUCAAACGCAUGCAUAUUUUAAUUGAAGGUAUAUUCACUAAACCGUGAUAUGUAUUGUGUGUAUAAUUUUUUCCCCAGAGUUAGAUUAUAGAUAUAUGAAUUGAUAAAUUAAGUCUCAAAAAAAAUCCAGCAGGUGUUGGUGAGUUCAACAAAUAGUAUGCUGUACACUUACACACAAGCCAAAACAAGCUGCUAUGAAAGAAACUAAAUGCAUGUGAGUAAUACAAUAUUGUGCACAAACCACGACAAACACCUGACGGUAAAAUAGUCAUUGCAGUUUUAAAGAAACUGUUUCUAAUGGCUACUAGAGGCACUUUGUGAAUGUUAAGACUUCAGCUCGCCUAAGUUAUGCUGGAUGUCCUCACGCUCUGUAUGAGUACACCCAGCUUCAGUGAAAUUCCCAUUGGAAAUCAUUGAGGCAAUGCACUCACACUGCUUGCCACGCAUGUGCAUUAGGGUCCCCCCCCUAUUGGAGGAGGCGGCACCAAAUAUUUUCUCAUUCAUUUUCUUUAAAAGCAACUUGGAGCAAGGGAAUGUCUCACAUCUACUAUAUAAAUACCAAUUAAUUUCUGUGGUUACCAUUAGACUUUAUUUUGAGUGCAGACUUGAAGCUAUGAUUGUAUUGAAAAUACAAUAUAAUCUGAACAAAAAAAAUGUAUACUUUUACAGUAUUGUCUAUUUAGAUUUCUUCCAGGUAUUCCCUGAAUCAUCUAGGGAAUACACAGGACGAGUCUUGUAGGCAAAAAAAAGCACAGUGGAUUGGAACAUUAUUUUUAAUCAAAUUUUCACUUUGAUGGGGUAGGCUUUUUGUUGUUUUAAUGUAUCUUUAAAAUGAGAUAGCUCUGACUUUCCACUAUUUCAGUGCCAUAAGGAGAUAGUGGAUGAGCAGAAAUAAAAUCCCUUUUGAAUUUCUUCUUCUAGGUGACCCUAUGAGAUUCCAUGCUCACUUCAUUAUCAUCUGCUAUCCCUACAACAAGGAUAUUCCCAUGACUGACAUCAUCACUGCUGGACGGCUGGGCACCAACGUCAAAAAAACUGUACUACUUUGUUCACCAAAUGAGGGAACAGUGAAUUACACAUCUUUGCAGUGGUCAGGGAUUCAAUAAAACAAGUUUGUGGAUAAUACAUUUGUGCAGUCGUGCAAUAACUCUCCCC